CAUUCAGGUCUUUCCUGGAUAUUGCAAGGUUAUCGACACGACAUUACGAAGCCUUUCCACUUUUUUACAGAUAGAACCGAGUCAACCCAACAAUGAUCCUGCGAUGAGUUCUACAAACUUUGCCGCUGCUCAAGAGCGGGUUCUCGAACGUCGUCGUCUCCGCGAGGCCGAGGCUCGCUCCAGGCUUGCUGAACAGCAACAAUCCCACCCUCUCAAUCACGCCGCUCUUCAAAAACUCCCUUAUCCUCUCAACAAACUACCUGCGUCGGGAAUCUCCAUAUGGAAUGCUAUAAGAGGCCGCGAAGGACUGAGACCAGCUUAUCGCGUCGGUCAGGUGGACGCCGAAUUGCUGGAUGAGGAGUUGCUGGGGUUGCUCAAAGGACAAGUGGGAGAUGCAUUGAAGUACUACGGUCCUCAAAUGCGUGAAGAUUGGUCCCACGAGAUCCAAUUCGCUCUUCGUGCAGCCCUGUUCAAGCUUUCGAUCUGGGAUCAUAAUGCCUCAUACGGCGCGGCAUUACAGAACCUGAGAUACAUUGAUAGUCGGAGCAAAGGGCCUGUUCAUUCGGCUCCCACCAAGUGGCAGAAAUCUCUAUAUGGUCUCCUCACCGUUGGCGGUCGCUAUGCUUGGGGCAAGUGGGAAAGUUGGUUAAUAAGCCAAGAAAGUGGCUAUGACGAGCCAUCACAAGAGGUACGGAUGCUGUCGCGAAUGACCGACCUUGUCUCCGCCACUCACUCAAUCGCCGCAUUUAUCUCGUUCUUGGUAUUCCUGGUCAACGGCCGGUACAGGACACUGGUUGAUCGCAUUAUCCGCAUACGCUUGAUGCCGCCGUCUGCACAAGCAAGCCGCGAGGUGUCCUUCGAAUAUCUGAAUCGCCAGCUGGUUUGGCACGCAUUCACAGAAUUUCUCCUGUUUCUCUUGCCACUUGUUGGCAUAAGCCGAUGGCGCCGAUGGCUCUCUAGACUGUGGAGGAAGGCAUUAUCUGCAUUCAAAUCAGGUAAUGAAGACGACGAGGUGGACGGCAAACAGGGAGAGCUUGCAUUUCUUCCAGAACGAACGUGUGCAAUCUGUUACAAAGAGAACAACCCUGCCGCCGCAACAGAAAGUGACGCCAUUGCAGCCUCGGCGUCAUCUGGAGGCAUCAUUGGAUCUGCUCAGACCGAUACUGCCAACCCGUAUGAGGCUGUUCCUUGCGGCUGCAUAUAUUGCUUCGUAUGCAUCGUACAGAAGCUGGAAGCCGAGGAGGGAGAAGGCUGGAUCUGUCUCCGAUGUGGUGAGGUUGUGAAAAAGUGCAAGCCAUGGAAUGGCGAUGUGCUAGAAGACGCUCGUCCGCAAUCAAGCUCAGGGAAGAUUGUGGGGUUCGCUAUGGAUGGCACUGCAGACACGGACAGCACCCACCGAGGAACGGAGUCAGAGCGGCACGCGGAAAGGACGACCGCGUCGACGGAUUCAUCAUCAGAUGAAGUGAUGCAUGAGUCUGACCCCUGGUCUACGAUUGAGAAGGGUUCUGUGGAAAAUCUGGACAACAGCUAAUCAGAAAGCACGAAAUAACUGGUUUUUGGUGCGGGAUGAUUUGUCGAGACCUGCCAAAUCUCUGACUACAAUACGAUCUUCUCACCUUGAUGAGUCGCAUAUCUUGAUGACUUGACUCAGGUUAUUGGAUUGACUACGAUUUAAAGAUACCCAGCAGUUUUUAGAAUCUAUUCUUGCUGCAGCGACUUGAACAGACGUCAAGCUCCAAGCUCCAAACACAUGUAAUAAUAC